GGAACAAGUAGAAAAGGAAAAUGCAAAGAGAGAGCCGUUUGAUUCAAAUUGGACGGUGAUUAAAGGGUGAAGUUUAUACCAUUAAUUGUUCUUUUCUACACACAUCCCAAGGCGUCCCUCUAUUUUAAUACGACUUUUAUUUAUGGAACUCAAAAACGGGUUUCAUUAGCGAAAUCUUCACCGAGCCAAAUCCACAAUUGGCUUAAGGAUUUCAAACGCCUCAUUUGUCUUCCGGCGCGCUCUCUCUCUCUCUCUCGCUCGCCUUCGUCUCUCCAUUCUCAUCUUUUUCUCUACUUCUCCGACGGUCCGCCAAGGCAUUUUGGCGGCGCCGAUCGCCGAUUUGUCUCUCCGCCGUCGAUCUCGUACUGUCAGUCGACGAUUCUCCUCUAUCGGCUGCUUCUGAGCGAACUUUUCCGAGUUUUGAUUUUCUUUAUAUUGGUUGAUUCUUUGAUUUUGCCUCAAGGUAUUCAAGAUGAUUGGCUCCUUUCUUACCAGAGGACUUGUAAUGAUUUUUGGCUAUGCUUAUCCUGCUUAUGAGUGUUAUAAAACUGUUGAAAUGAACAAACCAGAGAUUGAGCAACUUCGUUUUUGGUGCCAAUACUGGAUAUUAGUGGCUGUUUUGACAGUUUGUGAGAGGAUUGGAGAUGCAUUCAUUUCAUGGGUUCCUAUGUAUAGUGAAGCUAAAUUGGCAUUCUUUAUAUAUCUCUGGUACCCUAAAACAAAGGGAACAACUUAUGUGUAUGAUUCCUUCUUUAGACCAUAUGUAGCAAAACAUGAGACAGAUAUUGACCGAAAUUUGUUGGAACUAAGGACCAGAGCUGGUGAUAUGGCUAUUAUUUACUGGCAGAGAGCUGCAAGCUAUGCUCAAACAAGAAUAUUCGAGAUUUUGCAGUAUGUUGCUGACCAAUCAACAGCAAGGCCUCGCCGGUCUCAGCAACAGCAAGGGUCAAAGGUUCCACCGGACAAUGUUGCACCAAAACACCCGGCAACCACUGCAAAUCAAGUGCAAAUUGAACCAACAUCAUCUACAUCUCAACAACAAAAAGAUGUAGCUGAAGAGGUGGGUGUGUCACAAGUUUCAAAACUAAAAACCACAUUUGAAGUUCUUAAUACUCAGAAAGUGCCAAAAUCGACAACCACAGUCGAAGUUCCUAGUACUUCUAAAGGGUUGAAACCAUCAACCUCGAUUGAAGUUCCUAAUACUCAAAAAGCAGUUGCAGCAUCUGAACCAGCUCUAGCCAGCAGCAACCUAUCUUUACCAUCUGAAAUGGAGCCAAUGGAGAUCGAAACAGUGUCACAUCCAGUGCACGAGAACGAAAUUCCUCCCCUUAAAGAGACUGUAAUGGAAGACUCCACAAAAGUAACUCGCGCGAGAUUGAGAAAGACCCGUUCAGGUGCUGCUAAUAGCUGAAAAGUGGCCCAAUGUUUCUAAAUCUCAGUUUCCCUCUUGCCCGUACACAGUAGAUGGAACAAUGAUGAGGAUUGAGUUGCCAAUCCUGGCAUUCAUGUAAAUUUGUUGUUUCUAUUUCAAUUUUACUUUUUAUUUGGACGGUAGCCGAUGGGGUCUAGUGGUAGUAGUAUAUCUUGCGGUUCUUGUCGAAAUAAUAUGUGGCAUGGCUACAAUGUUGGCAUUAUAUACCUUGGCUAUCGGUUGGAUGAA